AUGUCCGCAAAAACAGCAGCUAAAACGCCUGCCAAAGAGCCAUCUUCAUUGACCAAACUCUAUUUGUUUGCCUACAAUGCUGUGCAAGUCGGCGGCUGGAGCUACAUUCUCUAUCAGCUGGUCAACUACUACGUGCUCCAGGGUCCCGAAUUUCGUGCCCAAAUCACGUUGUGGGAUUACACACGCCUCGCCGUCAUCAUCUUCCAGAAUGCCGCAUUCGUCGAGAUCCUGAAUGCUGUAUUUGGGCUGGUUAAAUCCAAUCCUGUGGUCACCACAUUCCAGGUCUUCAGUCGCAUGAUGGUCGUCGUGGGUGUUGUGAUGGCCACGCCGACAGGCAAAGUCUCGCCUGGUUUGCCUAUUGCGCUGUUUGCGUGGGCAAUCACUGAGAUCAUCCGCUAUGGUUUCUAUGCGCUGAACAUCAUCAAAGUGGUGCCAUCUUUUGUAGUCUUUCUGCGCUACACCACAUUCAUCGUGUUGUAUCCCAUUGGUGUGACGGGAGAGCUGUUGUGCUUCUGGUGGGCACAACGUUAUGCCCGUGAUCACAGUGUGUGGAGCGUGGAGCUGCCCAACAAAUGGAAUGCCACCUUCUCGUACUAUGCACUGCUGUGGAUCGUCAUGCUGGGUUACAUUCCCAUCUUCCCCCAGCUCUACAUGCAUAUGUUUGCAUUGCGUCGCAAGAUUCUCGGCGGCGGUAGUAAGAAGAAAGCCAACUGAACUUUGAACCGAAGCAUUUCGAACAAAAUAUUUACAUUCAGUUUGCUGUUUCAGCUUCGCACUUUGGAGUGAACAAGCAGUCACCUCAAGCUGACAUCCAAGUUUAGACUUAAUUCAUUAUUCAUCAUAACUUGACUUUUUAAGUUAGCUAAUUAAGUUUCACCUUGGUUGUUGUGUACAAAAACAAAUAAACUUAACCAAUCACUUAA